AAACAGCGAGUGAGUGUUCUGCGCGCGGCCAUUUUGGUGAUUUUUGUCUCGUCGUGUGGUGAUUUCGAAGUCCAGGCAGUUCGUUCAGGCCAACUAGCAGCAAGUAGCAGCUAAAAUCGAAAUUUCCUAUCGGUGCAAGUGCGGUGAACCUAUUUCAGUGGACAUUAGCGACUUCCGGUGGCCGCGGCGGAUACAGUGCGGGUGUUAUCCGAUCGAUUCCGGAUCGCGACGCGAAGUGCUGGCUAUUUUUUUCUCCGCUCGGUGAGUAAAGUUCGAGAAGGAGGACAUCUUUCUUCGAGCCGACGUCGCGUAAAAGAGCAGAUUUUCUUACGUUGAUAUUUUCGAUUUUCUUCGCGCAUCCCGUGACAGUGCAAAAUAGGACACUCAGUGCUAGAAGAUAAGUGAAAAUCUUCCGAGAAGCAGUGAAAUUCUUGACCAACAGCGUGCAAUCAAUGUGUUGUUUUCGUGUUUAUAAGGCAACUGACUUCAUUGUCUAAGAUGGAUUACCGAAUAGCAUAGUAGAAAAAAUCCGACGAACUUAAUUCGGAAGACAUAUUGGAUCGUGCAAGCAGUGCCUGUCUGAGUUUCUGAUUGAUGAAAUUUUACUGAAAAAACAGGGAAAAAGCUGUCGUCAGCUUCUGGAAAAUAAUUUUCUCGAUUGAGCAACCAGUUCUAUAACUGCAGAGUGGUUGUAGAAAAAAGUUGGAAUAUAAAACGAGAGUGGUAAAAAGAGAAGUCCUAUCGUAAGUGCAAAAUAAGUCGAAAGUGACAACGAAGAAGCAGUCAGUGAGAAAAGAACGGAGAAAAAUAGACACCGAGUGCUGAACAUAAAAAAAUACAGAAGAGAAGAUAUAAAUAACAACAACAAAACAUACGACGAAAGGAGCAAAACGAAUCGAGUAAUAAGUUUGUGAGUGAAUGAGCGAUAUUGGUCGCCAGUACCAAUACUUACGCAGAUAAACGUCAAUCUUUGCGAAGGUUGAUACUCAUACCUAGAUACUAAGUGUGCAAGCCACAGAAAUUAGAAAAAAACAUACACAGGGCGAACGAUACGUCGCAAGUGUCAGUGUGGGCUCUCAAGCGUUUAUGAUUUCGAAGUAGUUUUUUGUUACGUGCACCAGUCGAAGAAAAAGGCGAAUAUAAAUAAUAACAAGUGGCACAAGAAAGGAUAAGAAGUCAAGUGAUAAUAACGUAAUCAGUGAUUUUCAUUUUUGUUGUUUCGUCUAAAAUAUUCCUUUCGUUGUUCGGUCGUUUGAUUUCUACACUUGAGUGACGGGGCGCAAGUGAAAAUUGUUCGUCUCCAUACAUUGAAAUAGCAGCUAGUGUCAAGCCAUUCUAGCGUGAUACACAAUCGCAGACCGUACUGUCAAGAACUCUUAUGUGUAUGUCGAGUAGACUGGCUCUUAGUGGCAAACGGCUGCAAGUUUUCUACUACUUCGCACACAUGUAAAAAGGCCCCCGGUGGAGCGAGACACGUCUGGCUAACUGGACCCAGCCCAGAAAGCGCUCGUCUCCUCGUCCGGCGUAAUCUGUGCUCCCCUUGCUAAAACUCUGCGAGUGGAAGGAAGACACGGCUUCUUUCGUACGCAGAACUGCCGUUUCUCCCACGUGAGAAGCGCCCCAUCGAAGGGAUCGGAGGAUCGUCACAUCGGAUACGUUGCUCGGGAGAUGGAUACUGGAGGCUACGUGUUGAUGAAUGGGGAUGCUGGUAAAAUGCCCACAACUGCCGCCGUCUACCCAUCGGCUGCUGAAGCCAUCAUCACCGGUGGUAUGGCCGGGCUAACACUGGUGGGAGGACAUCCCGCCCAGACGACACACCUCACCCUGGCCCCGGCGACAGUUGUUCCAGCGGCCGUGGCCGUUCCUACCGACUACGCCGUCAUGAAUGGCGGCACAUUGACCACCACCACCAACAACCAGAGCAACAGCAUCAACAACAACACAAACAUCAACAGUAGUAACAGUAGCAAUAUCAUGCUAACGAACGAACCGGCAGCUGGUGACUAUUACGUGGACAACAGCAGUGCUGCUGGCAUCACUUCCUCGUCUACGAUUACCGCAAACAAUAACAACAACACUAGCAGCAAUCAGAGCAGUAUAACUGCCAGCAACAGUAACAUUAACAACAACGUUAGCAGUAAUGUUAGCAGCAGCAGCACGCAGACAACAAUGGGCAGCGGCGGCGCAGGUGGUCCCGUUGCUGCUGGCACUGUCAACAGCGGCGGUAUUGGUGGCCCUGUCGCCGCUCUGACCGCCAACGCCACCACCAGCACCAGUGAUACUAGUAGUACCGAAAACAACGGUAUGCCUUUAGAGCAGCUGAAGCAGCAGCUACAGACGCAGCUCGACUACUAUUUUUCGAGGGAAAAUCUAGCCAACGACACAUAUCUGAUAUCCCAGAUGGACAACGAUCAGUACGUGCCGAUCUGGACAGUGGCCAAUUUCAACCUGGUGAAAAAGCUCACCAAGGAUAUCAAGCUCAUCACAGAGGUGCUGCGCGAGUCGCCCAAUGUGCAGGUCGACGAAGAGGGUCUCAAGGUGCGACCGAAUCACAAACGUUGCAUCGUCAUCCUACGGGAAAUACCAGACAAUACGCCGAUCGAGGAGGUUAAGAACAUUUUCCAAGGUGAAAACUGUCCACGAUUCAUCUCGUGCGAAUUUGCUCACAAUAAUUCCUGGUAUAUUAUGUUCGAAUCUGACGACGAUGCGCAACGAGCAUUUCGGUAUCUGAGAGAAGAAGUUAAAGAAUUUCAGGGAAAACCAAUUAUGGCUCGAAUAAAAGCCAAACCGAUGAAUAGGAUUCCACUUGCCACCGGAGUCCCAUUGAAGAAUGGCUUCCGAACGACACCGCCUCCACCGGCUGGAGCUGCGGUAGCCGUCCCACCGGGUGCUGCCGGUGCUCCUGCAGCCGUAGCUGCAGCAGCGGCCGCGGUUUAUGAUCCCGCGCAAGCCGCAGCAGCGGUAGCUGCUUUUCCUGGACAGCAGCGAUACAUCGCCCUGCAACCAAAUCCAAGCGCGAUACCUCAGGGAACUGCCGUUCCAACUUAUAAUGCGCCAGUUCAUAUGUUUCCAUUCCAACAACAAUUUUAUCCUGGCAUAAUGCAGCCAUGGCCAGCAGCACCGCCACCAGCUCAAAACUACUACGACUUGAGCACGUUUGUUGCGAGCAACGGCCUACAAGUUCCGUUUACUACCGGCGGCGGAAAACAGCAGAAUGGCCGGUUUAGCAUGCAAGGUGGCCUCGGUGGACCGCAUCGUGGAAAUAUUCGUGGUAAGCGCCAACCCAACCCAUCGAUACCUAGCAACGAGCACCGAUCCGGUGGCGCGAAUACAGGCGGCGGUGGAGGAGGGACAAACAUUGCGGGCCAGAAUAGCGUUGGCGGUUCUGUAAGCAACGAUAGUCAACCGAAUCAUCGAGUGUCGAAUCAACAAUCUCACUACCAUCAACAGCAGGCAGCUCAACCCCAGCAACAGCAGCAACCGCAUUACCAGCAACAAUCUGGCGUUGGUAAAACCUCAUCUCUGUUAGGGCAUGGGGGCAAGACCUACCAUAAAGAUCCAUCUAUUGUGCCACAUUACCAGCAUUAUCAACCGCAGCAACAGCAUUACAGCAAUCAUCCUCAGUCUCAUCAUCAUCAGCAGCAGCAAGGAGACGAUUCUGGCAAUUCCACCGGGGCUGUCGGCAUGCGGUCAGGCAACCAAUCUGCAGGCAGCGUCGAUCACUAUUCUAAUGACGACAAUAGUGGCUACAGCAGCCUACAGUACAGUCGAAAUAAAAACCCGGACGGCCAGCAGCAGCCGUCUGGCCCCUGGGCAUCGAAUCAGUCUCGACGGCACACCCGACGAAGAAAAGAUGACAUGGAUGGUGGCGUCAGUACCAUGUACAGCAGUGCAGGCGGAAGCGUUCGGUCUAACAUGAGCUACAGUAGUAAUAGUCUUAGCAGUAGUAUGAACAACGGUGCAAAUUCCAACGUCAAGGUUAUGAACACAACUAGUCUGAAUCAAUUGAUACCCGCGUCGGGAGGGCCUCCGCAUGGGCGUGGCGCUCGUGGCGGUGGAGGGCUCAGUGCAGGGAAUCAGGAAAACCAGGUUCACAAUUCAACGGUUUCGGGAAACGUGAUUGCGUCGAUGGGUGGCGAAGCUGGCGGCGGUGGUAGUCAUCAUCAUCAUCACCACAGUGGUGGUGGUGGCGGUGGGGGCUAUCAUCCCCAUCAUCAUCACCGUGGCGCGGUUGCUACUGGGUUUCACCAGCAACAUCCGCACCACCACCACCAACAGCAGCAUCAGCAGCAGCAGCAGUCGCACUUGCAGCAAUCGUCCAACAGCAGCAACGCGCAACAGCAGCAGCAGAAUGCCGCCAGCACCCCCCAAUCGACGCAAUUCGACCUUGAACCAGCUGCAUUUCCUCCUCUCCCAGGGCAUGAUGACAAUAGCACCAGCACCAGUUCCACUGGGGGUGGUGGUGGGCGCAACAAACACCAUCACUCCCGCGAUCAGCACCACCAUCACCAGCAGAGCAAUUCGCACGGUAGCACCAAUCAAUCGAAUGCUGCUGCCUCCAGUGGCGCUUCCGGUGGGAGCAACCAUGGUUCCUCUAGUGAUCACUCUUCCGUCUACGGUGGCGGGAGCGGCACUUCCGAUGGUUCCACGCACCACGUGACAACCGUCUGGGGCGAAAGUCGGCUAGCCGAUGUUGUUAAAGGUACUGCCGCACUCUCAACGAACGCUUCAUCGAAAGUAGCAUCGAAAAGAACGACAUCACCUCCACCGCAGUUGCAACAGCCAUCCCAAAGUAGCACCGCCGCCAACAACAACAAUAGUGAGCAUAGUCAAAAAAACUCCACAGCUUCGGCAGCUGCCACUUCAGAAGUGAGCGCAGCCGCCGGACGUGACCAACAGCCUUCAGCACCAGCAGCAAACACACCGAACGUUUCCUUACAUGGCAACAGUGGCAGCAGCAACGAGUCUGCCAUUACGGCCUACAGCAGCGGCAGCAACAAUAACACUAGCAAAAUAACUAAUAAUCCUCUUCCUGUGAUAAAAUGUACAACAAGUAGUACAUCUGCAAGCACCACUGCUGAUAAAUCUACUAAGACUGACGAGUCAUUGCUUCUGCAAGUAAAUGGCUUGGAUUCAACGGUGGCGGCAAGCCCAACAUCAUCCACCUUUCGUAAGACUUCGGCUGAUCCAGUGAGUUGCCCUACGACCACCAAUGCUGCUACAAUGACCUCGACUGAGUAUGUUAUUGCUGCCUCAUCCAGCAGCAGCUCUUCCGGCCCUAGCAAACACCACUCGUCGUCAUCCUCAUUACUUUCUUCAGUUGCUUCUAACAUUAGUACAUCUAACUCCGUGGCUGUGACUUCCGCAUCAACAAUGACCGUACCGGUAUCUGCUACCAAAGCGAACAGUUCCAAUGCCAAACAGGGCGGCACUGGUGGUCAUAAAAAUCCCAAAUCUCCAACCAUACCGACGGCAGCUUCCAUAACGGCUGCCGCCGCGGUGAUUGCUUCGUCUUCAAGUUCGGCUAGUUUAUCACAUGUUGCUUCCGCUCCGCCUCCUUUCUCCUUGCAAAACCACCCGCCUCUGGGAGGCAUUCAGGCCGCUGUCCCUGAACCACCACAGGCAACCACUCAGGUUCGCCUCAGUUAUGCUCAGGUUGCACAACAUCUGAAGGAACAACAGAUGAAGGAGAAGGAUCAUCAAGAUGGUAACACCAAAGUGGUGGAGAAGGAGAACUCCACUCAGCAGCAACAGCAGCAAACCGUGGGGGGUAGCAGCAACAAUGGGCAUACCAGCGGUAAUGGUAGUAACAGUAGCAAGAAGAAGGAUUUAACGCCAAGCUCAAGACUGUCAGUUUCGUCGUCGCAAACGCAGCUCAGCAACGACGGAUUCAGGGAACAAAGAGAUACUCGCUACAACAGUGGCAGCAACACCAGCAACUCUGCCAAUUCUCGCCAGAACGCCAAAGAUUUCCGCUCCUCGACAGGUGGUGGGUCCAGCAACAGCGGUGGUGGUGUCAACAGUACAGCCUCAUCCCAAACCACCAACUCCGUUACCGGUACUGGUAGCUCUGCUGGUAAUGCAACUACAGCAACCUCCGGCGGUGCUGGUCAUCGAGGAGAUGCCAACAGCAGUGCCGCUGCCACUGCCACUAGUAGCAACGGUAAUACCUUUAAGGCUCCCAACAGCAGUGCUGGCAGAGCUGCUCGACCGCACCAACUGAAGGACUAUGUCCAACCACAGCACCAGCAGGGGCCACGCAGCCCCAAAUGAUGACGCUUGAUAUGGAUUUAAACAGAUGAACGAGCUACGAGCAUUAUUAUCAGGAACCGAAUCGUAUUCAGCUGAAUAGAGCCCCGCCGCGUUGUUUACUGUUAGAUUCGUGCGAGGUUUGUGUAGCAGUCCGCAAUACGUCGUUCUACCAGAACGAAGAAUUUGGUAGGUUAGGUUGGCGUGGAUAGCCGCUUUGGAUUUUGGGGGUUUGGAUGGGUCUCCCGAAGCGGUUGAAACAAGUCAAGUUGGUUAUUUUUCUUUGUUGAUUUUUGUGUUAGGUUAGAGAAACAGCGAGCAAGUGAUACGUUUGCGUGGAAUGGUAGAGAAUGAUCAGACGAUUGAUGCCAAGCAAAGGAAUAGGAUUUUCCUUCCUAAAGAAUGUGUUCAGUGCCGUUUUUGACUGCAGGUUUAGAUCUCAUGUGGAAAAGAAACCCCGGAAAGUAAAGUCGUUGUUGAUUUUGGCAAUCGAACACGGAGAAACAAAAUUACCCAUGUCAAUAGUUUAUUCAGCAUCAGAUUUAUAACUAUCAGUGUGAAUAACUUCAAUUUGACAAAUUUCUGUAACUACGAGAAGUGAAUCACUUCUUUUUAGGAAAAUUAGAUAAUUGCAUCAAAAUGAGUUAGUUUGGGUAAUACCUUUAUUCCGUGUAGAUUUUUCGUAAGUAUUACUAUUAGUAGGUUUGUGCAAACGUGAGAGAACCUUCGGAAAUUUCCUUCAACAUUGACAAUUUUUAGUGUGUAACGGCUAUCGAAGAGCGAGAGGAAAUAGGAAUGUGUUCAAAAAUCGAUGGCUAAAUUGAAUUCUCCAUCCUGAUUAUUAUUAUAUUCAUCUUCUUUUGUUUAAUUCAAAUCACAUUCAUAUAUAGAAAGACGGUUACGGAAGUUGUUUGUUUGCAGGGUUCCUAUACUAUUCUUCUGAAGUUCCCAUUAGCUACACAAGAGUUCAGAGACAAAAAUCAAUAUAAGCAAAAAUCUUGUUGCUUUGCCUGUAAGUCGUCAAUUAGUCUUUCAGUUUCCUCAAAUCACUGUCACGCCACAACGCAAACUUGGAACAAGCUACUGCCGAAUUCAAGCUUCGUUCUGCAAUUUUCAUCGUCUCAAAAUCAAAUGUAAGUACUGUUAUACAAAACAAAAACACUGUUUUCAAAAAGCUAUGUUAUGGUCUAAUGAAAAAAAAAACACAUACA